AUGUUCCAGUCCCUUCAGCGCAUAAAGGGUGCGAUCGAUCGCACGAUUGCCGAAGAGCAGGCUCGCUCCAAGGAAACCACGUCAGCGACGCCUUCCCGCCAAUCCAGCACCUCCUCCCGAGGCGGCAAAUCCGAGUCCCCUUCAAAGCGCCCUCGCCCAAAGCAAAGAUCUAGCCAGGAUGCCUCAAAGACGUCUGGGGAAGGAACGGCGAAUCUCGAUCCCGCGGUAUUCGAGGCCGCUUUUGCUCUUGAGGACAGCGAGGACCCGAGCCGAGCCGGGACCCCGAAACCGCCGAGCGAUAGGGACGAGAAGACAAAGACGAGCAGUAGCAACGUGACCGGCGAGAAGCCGGCCGAGAAUGGCACGUCGAACCAGAGUGAAGAAAAGAGGAAUGGGGCGGAUUCUAGCGAAAAAGCAAAGGCAGAUGUGGGAGCCGCGGCGGCUGUGGACCUUCCAAUGGAGGUCAAGGUCAAGCUCCGGAAAUUCGAACGCCUUGAGUCCACAUAUACUGAACUUCUCCGCUCUUACCGCAUCGCUCACAGUCGCGCAAAAUCGGUCGAACCCUUCGAGCGGGCUCUUAAGGAGAACACGCCCUUAGCAUCUAUUUCUGAUCCGGCCGCAUUUGUUGAGUAUCUGAGCCAGCUGAACCUCAAGGGUGAUAUGGUAAUGGAGGAGCUUAAGCGCGUGUCCGCCGAAAGGGACGAGCUCAAGAAGAAGUCCAGUGCGCAGGAGUCUGAGAUCGAAACGUUGAAGUCUGAGUUGGCCGAGGCUAAGAAACGCGCCUCUGUGGAGACUGCGGUACUAGAUACAAAGAAAGAAACAAGCCCUGAGCAGGGCGGUGCGAAGGAGAAGAGCGAGUCUAAGCCUGUCCAAAAGACGGCCUCGGGCGACGACGAACCUGAAGGGAAGGGCUCCUCCGAGCUCUUCUCCUUUGACAGUGAGGUUCUGGAUGACUCUGCUGCCCGGACACAGGAGAUUGAGACCUUGAAGUCAGAAGUCGAGUCUCUCCGUUCGGAGCUCUCUAUCGCCAAGGAAACCAGCGCCGAUCUCAUCGAGAAGCUUGAGAAGACCACGACUGAGCUCAGCCGGACGAGGGAUGCUACCGCGGUCAAGAAAUCACUGGAGGCUCAGCUGGAAGCGAGGAAUGCCGAAAUCACGUCCCUUACCGAGCGACUUCACAAGUCCCAGUCCCAACUCAAGGAACUUGAAGGUAAACUUGAAAAUGAGAAGGAGUUACAGACUUCGGCUACAAAGGAUCUCAAGGCCAAACUUGCUGCGGCGGAUUCCCGGUGCAGCCAACUCGAGUCAGAACUAAAGAGCCUAACGGCGACGAAGUCCGUUUUAGAGAGCAAGAUUACGGGACUGACGGGCAAGAUCGACUUCCUUCAGCAAUCUAAGGAGGAGGAUGAGAAGAAAGUGGACGAGCUAAACAAGAAGCUGAAGGAGGUUCAGUCAAGCGUACCCAAAUCGACAGGCGGCGCUUCUACGGCCGCAUCUGAGACUGCGUCGGCUACUCCUAGCGCUCCUUCGGCGUCGUCGAAGAAGAAGAACAAGAAGAAGAAGAAGGGCGGAGCCGCUGCUGCGGGAGGCGCCACUGCUGAUUCGCAGCCACCAACCACGUCGGAUCUCGCUCCUCCUUCGCCAGUGGAGUCGGUCAACGUCGAGGCACUCGAGUCUGAGAUUAGUCGCCUCAAGGAAAACGUCGCUGAAAAGGAUGCACAGAUUGACAAACUGUCCAAAAAAAGGAAGAACGAAGAAGAGCUGAGAGAGGAGGUCGAGUCGAUGCAGGAGAAUCUUCUUCUUAUAGGGCAAGAGCAUGUUGAGGCGAAGGAAAGGAUCAAAGCGCUCGAGGCGGAGAAGGCACAGCUGAAGGCGAGGAUCACCGAGCUCGAGAAAGAGUCUGAGAAUGCCAAGGUCAACUCGAAGGCGCAGGCGGAGCUGGAGGAGCUACAGCAGCAGUACGAGGAACUCAAGGUCAAGACAUCUACCCUCCAGACGGACCUCGCAGCGACGCAGCAGCUCGCGCAAAGCCGGUUCAAGGAAUUAACUGUUCUCCGGGAGAUUCUCCAAAAGGCGCAAACCGAACUCAAGAGCCUCAGACAGGAAGCCGCGGCGCUGAAGACGACAAAGGAGGAGCUGGCGAAGAGGAAUAUGGAGAUUCGCGCGCUGGAAAAGAAGGAGAAGGAAAUCAAGAUGGAGCUCAACCGCGCGCAACGUCUAGCAUCGGACCGGGAGACGGAGAUCAAGACACUCAACGAAAAGGUGUCGGCGGAGAUGAGCAACAGGGUUCGACUAGAAGACGCGAAUCGUGUGGCCGGGCGAGACCUUCGCCGAUCGGAAGCCGAGAAGAUUGAGAUCAGCGCAAGGGAGGAGAAGGCGACGCGCGAGCUCAAGCAGCUGCGCGAACUACAGCCCAAGAUGCGUGAGCUGCAGGAGCAAGUGGAGAAGCUGGAACAUGCGAAGAAGCUUCUCAAGGAGGAAGCGGACCUCAAGGCGCAGCAGUACACCAGCGCUCAAGGUCUCCUCGAUAGCAUGCGGGACCAGACGACGGAAUUGACGGUGCAGCUGCGAGAGGCGCGGGCGCAGGCGGAGUCGCUCGACGAAGAACUGGUCGAGGUCCAGAGGAUGCUCGGCGAACGCACGCGCGAGGGCGAGACGAUGAGGCGGCUGCUCGCGGACGUGGACGAGCGAGCGGAUACCAAGGUGAGGGACAUGCGCAACCGCAUGGAUGCGGCGGUCGAGGAGCGCGACAGGAUGGAAGAGGAGUCCAGCGCGCUGGCGAGACGCAAGACGCGCGAGACGGAAGAGUUGCGGCAGAAGAUUCGCGAAUUGGAGCGGGACGUCAAGGCUCUCGCCAACGAAAAGGACGAGCUGGAGCACCGCGAACGCGAGUGGAAGAGGCGGCGCGAGGAGCUCGAGAGCGUCGAGCGGAGGGCGGACGCAGAGAUCGCCGAAGCGCGCACGGCGGUGUCGGACCUGAAGGUGGCGCUCGACGCGUCGGAGAGGCAAGUAGCCGACGCCGAGAGGCAAAAGGCGGACCUGCGGAAGUUCCUCGAGGAAGCGAGGCAGAAACACGACCGGAUAGCGAGGGAUCUCAAGAUGGUGCAGGCGAAGAUGAGUCCCACCGGCGGUGCGGGAGGGCGCAGCUCGAUCGACUCUACGAGGUCGGGGACUUCGGUAGGGGGCGCGGCAGGCGGUGCGGCCGACGUCAUGUAUCUCAAGACGAUAUUGUUGCAAUUCCUUGAGCAGAAGGAUAAUAGGUUGAGGGCGCAGCUGGUUCCUGUACUGGGGAAACUGCUUAGAUUCGACCCAGCGGAUGAGAAGAAGUGGCUCAGUGUAGUGCAGAGGAUGGGUUAA